AUGGCGACUUUGCGGCUCUCCAGCGGCUGUCACCUGACGGAGAGGAGCUGGAUGGAGGUGGGGCGCGUGUUAGGGAGCUUCAUCCUCAGGUCCGCACAGCAAGAGGAGGCUCUUCAUCGCAUCUGGUAUGCUCUCAGGAGGUGGCGACUCGUCUCCCGGCGGAUCGUCCUCUUCUCGACGACAACUUGUUCGUUGAUCAAUCGGAGAUGAUUUACUCGAUGGAUUCGCGAUCCUUUUAUCGCGAAUCCUUCAGCAAUUUGAGUAACAAUGCUCCGCGAAUCGUGUUGAUGAGAUUUUCGCCAAUGAUCCAGCGAUUCUAGUUGCUUAAUCCUUCACUGGCGAUCUGCAGGAAAGUCAUGAUAAUCAGAUAAAAAUAUGAGUUUUGGCUCUAAGAGGAUUCGAACCCGUGUGGGUUGUCCGCCCCUUCUGAGGAAGGUGUGACGCGGGUUUAGUCCCACAUCAGUUGUGCGCCGAUUUUUCGGGCGAAUAUAUAGUAAUGUUACAUUUCAAAGCAAAGUUCCUUCUCUCGCGUGUACGACCACUCCUUGCCCCACAGUCGGCUGGCCACCGGUGACGUGGAAGGGGGGUGGCGCACACGUGCCCCUAUCGGUCCAAGCCGCUCGAGCCCCUGCUCGGGGCUACUCCCUGACUGAGCUUCCGAUCCGCUUGCGGGCCCGGCUGGCCGGUGGGUCCCCCCAUUUUGCAAUAUUUUUAUUUUUAUUUCUUGUUCUUCAUUUAUCUCAAAAGUAAGACUGUAAAAAUCGUAUAAAAUCACAUAAUUACCUAAAAAUUCACGUUAAUCAAUUGAAAACCACUUUUCAUAUUUUAACACAAAUAUAAGUCUAUUUAUCAUGAGUUAAGGCUAAAACUAUAUUAUUUACUAAUUAUUAACUCAUGAUAAUCAAGACUUAUCAAUACCCUUUGAAGACUUCGUUCAUUGUGACGCUGCUGCCUGAGCAGUCCCGCCGCCGCCAGACAUCUUCAUUGCCGCCCGUGAGAUUGCCGCCAUCAUCGGACAAAACGGUCGCGGUUGCCACUGCAACCGCCGCCACCUCUGUUGGAACCCCGUCACGCCGUCGUGACAAAAGGGGCUUGCUUCGCCUCCCUACGAGCCGUCGCCGAGCACUCUGCCGGAGUCUCUUGACUCCUAGUUCGACUGCCACCUCUUCCUUCGGAACUCCACCAUAAACUUGCCGGAGCUGCCAUCCGCCACUCUGCCCAGUCGCUGGCCGUUCGCCGACGAACGGCUACCUGCCGCCGACGUCGGGAGAGACCCUGCAGCCGUGCCGACGAGCCAGAUCCAGUCCAAGCUCCUCACAGGCCCCUGCCGAAGUUUCCCGACAAUCCGCCACCGUCGUGCCGUUUCUGGCACCACCUAGACUAGGAGGGCUCAACCCUCCCUGGUAUCGUCGGCCGGGAUCGUCUCCUUCCUCUACUCUGCUUCUCGGCGCCGCCAGAGAAGGUCGAUCCUUCUGGCGACGGUUGGGCUUCCGCCCAACCGCCAACGCUCGGCAUUCCCGCCGAAGCGCUGCCGCCGCACGUGCCCACACGCUGGCUCUUGCGGUCGGCGCGCCCACCCGGCGCCGCCGCCCAUGUGCCCCAAGGCACGCCGCGUGCGCCUGCUAGCAUGCCCUUUGGCCCACCAGCAGGCCCACGCCCGCGCCGACCGCGUUACGCCUUACGACGAUGA